AUGGCGAUCCGGCAUUUCAGGCGAACAGAUGCUCUAGAAGAAAUCAGCUCUUCAAGCGAUUCUUCCGACAAUUCUUCAGACGAUGAGCGUAACGAUGAGCGUAGCGAUGAGCUCAAAAGUGCAUAUCUUCAAGAAACUAAAGCAGAAAAAACGGUCCCUGGGACCACAUCAGACACUUUAAAGACACUUUCAGAUCAAGAUGCAGAACGUGUUGGUAGUGGUGCCGUUUUUAGCGAAUGCCCACAAGGAAUGAAAGAUAUUCCAGCUGCGCCGGGUGCAGAAGAACGAUCGGAUGUUGAGAACAGCGAUUCCAGCGACCAAGAAGCUUCUGUAAGUGUUGAAAGCUCAGAGUCCUCAUCUAGUGACGAAGAAUACGUGCUUCACAAGCCCGUGUUUCUCGCUCGAUCCAAAAGACCGGCUGGUGACGUCCAAUCGACAAACGUCGCAUCCGGCGGCAGUAAGACAGCGCUGGCGGCCAAGAUCCAGGAGGAGAACGAAAGGGCAAAGCAGGUAGAUAAAUUGGCUUCCAUAAGACAGGCUAGUCUCAACACAAACAAAGAUAUGCUCAACAGCAUAUUGGCUCUGGACGACAACGACAGUCGCGAUCCAGCAACAGAACUCAGACUGUGGCAAGAAAGACAGCAGGCGCGUGCCCUAAGACUGCGCAAGGCGCAAGAACAGAAACAGUCAGAGCUCGAGGACUACGAAAGUGCGAAAUUGGCCAAUGCUUUUUUUGCGGAUGAUUUGAAGACAGAACACCUCACACAACUGAUAAAAAACGCCCAAAACUCGCAUUCUGAUGUUCAUCAUUCUAAGUCGAUUCCUACCAAAUCCACAGCUUACGAUAACAAGUCUGAGAAGCGCAAAUCCAACUUCAAACGGCCAUCUACAAUAAAAUCACGGAAAUACAAUCCACAGCCUCUUAGCAAGGCAGAAACGACACUGAAGGCGGAGAGUUCUCAAAGUAAAGUCCAAGACGAGCAGAACGAGUACUCGGUGAUCUAA